AUGUCUUCGAGAACCUCGGCCUCUCGCUCAAAGCCAAACAUCGCGCAACCACCUGCUACCUCGAGAUGGUGCAACCGAGCUUUGCGCCCCCUGACCGCGGCGAUACUGCGACUGGAGAAAUACCUGAAGUCCAACCCAAUUCAGCCACAUGAGCUAUCCCUAAUUUCCAACGAUACGACGAAUAUAAAUAAAUCGCGGAGCAAUGGUCGUCUACCAAGCAGGUCUACUGAGGGAUCGGACUCUGAGUCCGUAGGGGAAGACCCGACUUGGGUCCCGGGAAAUACCAUGUGCCAAAGGGUUAAGCAUAAGUACUCAGGACGCAAAGGCAAAAUAGGUGGGCUCGCGAAGAACCGGUCAAGACUCGUAAUAAGUGCCCCGGAACCCCAGGAGUUACAACCGGGCGAAUUUACGGUUGCGACACCCUUGAUUCUGGGAAAGAACUGGAGACAUUCUGGACACCAGAACUACGAUAUAGCUGAAGCAGAGCCUCACAAUGAGUUGCAAAAGCCUACAGUGCAUUUGGAACCCUUAAGGGGCAGUCGAAAAGGUCCCUCCGUUAAUAUAUUCGCUGAUGAUAAAUCCAUUUACCGCGACUCCGCUUAUGUCUCGAUUAUUGUUGGAAUAUCCAAUGCAUUUGAUGCCUUUCUUAAAAUGACGUCCAUAGAAGAGACCGCCCUAUGCCGUCGUCGUGUUCCUUCGCUACUUUCCAUGGCUUUAAACAAAACUUCAGAAUAUAUUCUCCAAGAACAACGUCGUUUAAAUGUGGAAGGAGAGAAUGAUGAUGAUAUAGAUGUUGCGGAUUAUUUUUUCACAGAAUUAGAAAGGACCUAUACUUCUUCCAAUGAAGGUUGGAAGCCUCUAAGGAGGCUUGUGCGUAAGCAUGGUAUUCGUUUGGUCACAGAGACCAUUCGAAAUAGAAUGAUACCCCAAAGGCUGGCUCGAUUUUUGGUUUUGAGAACCCUUGAAAGUAAUUCAAAUGAUGCAGCCACCGCAUUGCGCGAAGCUUUUCUUACUAUUACCCCAGCAGCCGCACAUCCUCUAUCAUUGGACUGUAUUUUUUUCUCCAACACCUUUUUGGGGACAUUCUUUUUGGAAUGUUAUAUCAAAGAGAUGCACGAUUCGACGCUCUUCUUUCGGGGACUCUCCCAAUUGAUAACCCGGGGCAUUGUGCCUGUCGAGUGGAUGGCAACAGCCUCAAUGAAAUCUCACAUCGUUGAUGCUAUUCAGUCUGUCGUAUCCGAAGAUGAACACUCCACAGCAUCGGCCAUGCUGAUAUUUGCAAUCGUUCGAGCUUCAUUGGGGCUGAAUAAACCCACCCAGAAACAAAGGUACAGGCGUAAUGGAAAAGUUCAGGCUCGACGCCGACCUGGUUUACACCCCUCAGAGGAAAGUGUAAGCUUUCAGGCUUCGAUUGAUGGGCCUAUGUCUGAGGCUUUGAACAAUACCAUUUGCAGCAUGCUUACAGUACUCUGUAGCGCGCAUAUUGCUCGGUUUGAAGGCCAGCCGCAUACUAUCUCCCCAAUGUGGUACAUCCAGACAUCCUUGGCCGCUACAGUAAAGAGAUUUUUAAUUACCGCGAAGUUACCGACCAAAAACUACUCUGGUAGCCAACGAAUGCGAAUAGGUUAUGUUUUAAUGACACAAUAUAUUUUUGAAUAUUUUGAAGCACAAAAUUUCGACGAAAUAUGGUAUUCCCCUUCUCUUUUAAGCAGCAUCGAGAAUUUCAUAUGCUUCACCCCUGAUCGAAAACAACUGGUGGCUGGAUUUUCUGCCUUAUUUCUCCAAUUCUCGCGGUGCCUUUGUCGAGGCCGCGACGGCAAUGAAUUUGACAUACUUAAACCUAUGACAACUCUUUUUGAAUCAAUACACCUCAGGCGCUAUCCUUCUUUCCGCGCCAUGCUGACGAAAGUUACAGUAGAGGUAGCGCUCAAUUUUGCCGAGUAUACAUGUCUACGUGAACAUCACACUUGGGCUACGGAUAUUCAAGAAAAGGCGGCUGGUUUUGAUCAUGGACUUGAGCUGAUGACCCCAUCACUAAGUCUUACUACCGCUAGCUUCAGAUGGGAAGAUGGGAUUGGCGAGUGGGUUGCCAGAACGCCGUGUGUAAAGCGCAGUGUUAUGAGCCGAAGUGCUACUGUUAAAUGUCCCCAUGAAAAAAAACAACCAGUUAUUGAUUACGUUGGCUCUUUUACUCCUAGUGUGGAUAGCGAUCCAACAUCAGGCUGUCCCAGUGAUGUGAGCUCUUCCUCUGGUCAAUUUGGGUCCAGCACCACUUCUGGUUCCCCAUCCACCGCACCUACGGAUACAGAAGAAGAAAAAGAAGUAGAAGAAGAUAGUGAUGCACAGGCCGGUUCCGCGUGCGGAUUGGUUGGGCACAAUCAAACUCGCCAGAAUAGGAAACGCCGUUUGUCUGAUGAUUCAAGUGGCCGCAAAUUCAAAGAUACGGUUAAGAGCCGGUAUUGUCUUCGCGCUAGAAAUAACAGGGUGGAUAUGCCAGUGGCUAUUGCUAUCGCUGUGGAAAUACGACCUGUUAUUCCAAGAAAAUGCCCUGAUAUCGACAUUGUCAUUCGUACCAAUGAACAUGAUACCUGCUUCCAAGAAAAUCAAUUAAAAGUCAGCGGUGCCAGGAGAACUUCCGCUGAGUAUGAAGAUGAUAUUUUUAUCACAGCCCCAGCGCUCUCUGAGAAUUUUCAGCAUAAGAGACAACGCCACUCGUAUCCAUUUGGUCGAGAAUUGAUACAACCUGCCAGGCGUCGUGUUUCUGCGAGGUUGGCUGCCGUACGCCGCGCAACUAUACCGCAUCUCAAUCCUAAUUACUCAAGCGAUGAUGAAUUGAGUUUUCUGUAG